AUGAACACAGAUGCCCCUCAGGGGUGUGUGCUUAGUUUCCUCCUAUAUUCCCUGUUCACCCACGUCUGCGUGGGUUUGCACGACUCCAACACCAUCAUCAAGUUGGCUGAUGACACUACGGUGGUAGGACUGAUCAACGACGACAAUGAAGAAAAUGAGGAGUACAGACGCAUCAUCUCCCAGCGCUGCCUGGGCUCCUUCAAUGCCUCCAAGCCCUGUGGCGGCUCUACCGUCUUACCCAUGCUUGGGGACAAUGAUCUGCCUACCACCAUGGACUGGAGUGACAAGGGCUAUGUCACCUCCAUCAAGGAUCAGAAGGAUUGUGGCUCCUGCUGGGCUUUCAGCACGACUGACUCUCUGGAAGGCCAGCACUACAGUAAGACCAAUAAGCUGGUGUCCCUCAGUGAGCAGCAGCUGGUUGACUGCUCCGGCGAGUUCGGCAACAUGGGCUGCAUGGGCGGUCUCAUGGACCAGACCUUUGAGUACAUCAAGUCCUUGGCCCCUGGAGGCCUGGACACUGAGGACUCCUAUGCCUACCAUGCUGAGGACAAGAAGUGCCACUACAAGCCAGACAGUCUGGGUGCCACCUGCACCGGGUACGUUGACAUGACCAGCGGUGACGAGAGCGCCCUGCAGCAGGCCGUGGCCACCGUCAGACCUGUGUCUGUAGCCAUUGAUGCUGCUAUUGAUGCUGUCUUUUUUUUUUAGACAUGCCUCUUUCCAGAUGAAUAAGGUGUCUAUGAUGAGCCAGACUGCAGCAGCUAUGGCACUAGUGAUGAUGGCCAGGACUACUGGCUGGUGAAGAACAGCUGGGGCCUUGACUGGGGAGAUAAGGGCUACAUAAUGAUGUCCAGGAAUAAGCACAACAAGUGUGGCAUCACCACGGCUUCCAGCUACCCACUGGUCUAA